GGUGAGUUAAUAAUACUUAAAGAUCAAAUGGCUGACAAACUCGGACUUGUUGAAAAUUUCCUGAGCUGCCAUGUGUGUUCAGAGACUUUCAGAGAUCCUGUGUCUCUGAGCUGCAACCACAGCUUCUGUUCAAGCUGCCUGCAGAAAUUCUGGGAACAAGCUAAAAACAAAAACUGUCCCAUUUGUAAAAGAAAAUCUUCAAAGGAUGAACCAUGCAUGAAUUUUGCUCUCAAAGAACUUGCUGACUCCUUUGCUAAGAGACACAGUGAGAGCUCACCUGAGACAGAAAAAGAAAAGGAGGAAGAGAAGGAGGAGGUGGUGUGUGAUAUACAUCCAGACAUCCCUUACUGGUACUGUGAGGAUGAAGAUAGAGCUGUGUGUCCUGUGUGUGAGUUUUCUCUCCACCAGAGUCACAAAGUGGUUCCUGUAGAAGAAGCAGUCAGUGACCUGAAGGAGCAGCUGAAAUCUGACUUAAAGUCUCUGCAGGACAAGAGGAACAAAUACAAACAAGUGGAGGAAACAUACAAUGAAAUGAGGGAACACAUGAAGAAGCAGCUGUUGUCCACAGAGAGGCAGAUCAGAGCAGAGUUCAAGAAGCUCCAGCAGUUCCUGAAAGAGGAAGAGGAGUCCAGACUGGCAGCUCUGAGGGAGGAAGAGGAGCAGAAGGGGAGGACUAUCAGCAGAGAGAUGAAGAUGAUUGAGGAGCAGAUCUCCUCUUUGUCAGACAGCAUCUGUGCUGCUGAAGAAGAGCUGCAGAAACACAGCGUGCCAUUCCUCAGCAGUUAUAAAGACACUCAGAGCAGAGCCAGAGCCCAGAGCUCAGUGUCAGAUCCACAGCUGGUCUCAGGAGCACUGAUAGAUGUGGCCAAACACCUGGGCAACCUGUCCUUCAGAGUGUGGGAGAAGAUGAAGGAGAAGGUCCACUUCAGUCCUGUCAUUCUGGACCCAAACACUGCAAAAGCCUCUCUCUAUCUGUCUGAUGAUCUGACCAGUGUGAGACAUGGAGACACAAAGCAGCAGCUUUCUGAUAAUCCAGAGAGAAACACUAAGUAUCAUACUGUUUUUGGUUCUGAGGGCUUCAGCUCAGGGAAACACAGCUGGGAGGUGGAAGUGGGAGACCAUCUGCGCUGGAAUGUGGGUUUAGUUAAAGAGUCAGUUGACAGGAAGGGAAAGCGUUUUGCUUCACCAAAAUAUGGAAUCUGGUGUUUAUGGCACAAAAGUGGAGAAUACACUAAUGGUGCCGGUCAGACUGUGACAGUGAAGAAGAGUCUCCAGAGGAUCAGAGUCCAGCUGGACUAUGACAGGGGGGAGGUGUCCUUCUAUGACCCCGAGGACAUGACUCACAUCUACACUCACAGAGAAACUUUCACUGAGAAACUCUUCCCAUAUUUUAAUAUUGGUAAGGCAGGAGACGCCAAAACCUCUGAUAUCAAAAUCUGUCAGACUGAGAUUUGAUUGUAAAGUGAUUUUUUAUUUUAACUGUUUUUUCAGUACAGCAUCAGGUUAAUUUUAGGGA